AUUCCCAGGAUGGUUGAGAGGUAUGAGUUUGAGUAUGAGCUGGUACAGUACAAGUGGCCACGCUGGCUUCAUGGACAAACUGAAAAACAAAGAUUAAUCUGGGCGUACAAGAUAUUAUUUCUAGAUGUACUUUUUCCGUUAAAUAUUAAGAAAAUUAUUUUUGUCGAUGCUGAUCAGGUGGUUCGUACUGAUAUGAAGGAAUUGUUGGAGGAGCCAUUGGAUGGGGCACCUUAUGGAUACAAUCCUUUCUGUGAUAGUCCUACUGAUAUGUAUGGAUUCAAGUUCUGGAAGAGUGGCUAUUGGAAGAAUCAUUUAGGAAAGAGGCGCUAUCAUAUCAGUGCACUGUAUGUUAUUGAUCUACAGCAGUUCAGACUAUUAGCUGCUGGGGAUAGAUUAAGAGGACAAUAUCAAAUGCUAUCACAGGAUCCUAACAGUUUAUCUAAUUUAGAUCAGGAUCUUCCUAACAGUAUGAUUCAUAAUGUACCAAUAAAGAGUUUACCACAGGACUGGUUAUGGUGUGAGACAUGGUGUUCAAUGGAGACAAAAUCAACUGCUAAAACUAUUGACUUGUGUAAUAAUCCAAUGACAAAGGAGCCUAAGUUAACAAGUGCAGUACGUAUCAUUGAUGAAUGGGUUGACUAUGAUAAUGAGAUUAAAAGAUUGCAAAAGGAAACAAUGACAGAGACAAGUCUCCCUACCUCUCCCUCAUCAACUCACACUCCCUCUCAUCAAGAACUGCAAUAAUAAUAUUAUUAUUAUUAAU